CCAGUGACGGUCUCCGCAUAAUCGAUCCCUACAAGACCAGAAAAUACCAUUUGGCCUCCGCCAUGAUGAGCCUUCGGUGGGGCAGUGUGAAAAAUGCAUUGUCUACGUCUAGGCAAUGGAGACUGUUACUCAACAAGCGCGUGAUCCUCGUGUGUGUGGUCUUCAUCUGGUUCGCGAUGCUGCUAUUCAGGAGCUCACCAGUAGAACCACACGACUCGGAAAUCAAGCUUCUGUAUCGUCAAAUAUCAAGAACUCUUGUCAAAAACAAUUUCUACGGCCACGCUGACAUUUACAAGUCCAUGUGGUACUUUGACCCCAGGGAACGUAUCAUCACGCCCCUGGAGUUCCCCUUCAUCAUAGAUGGCGCUGACGUCUGUGGACCGAACGAGACGCAGCUUCUGCUGGUGGCGGUGAUGUCUCUGCACAAUAAAACAGAACAGAGACAGGCAAUAAGACAGACGUACGGACGUACCGCUAGAGGACACUUUUGGCCCGGCAAGAAGUUGUUUGGACCAGUGAAGAUGGCUUUCUUUUUCGGCGUCAGCAACUCGUCGCGGGAGAACCAUAUCAUCGAAAAAGAAGCAAAGCUGUACAAUGAUAUUGUGCAAGUCAAUUUCACCGAAUCGUAUUUCAAUUUGACAUACAAAGUGUUAAUGGCAAUUAAGUGGGCGCAGCAGUACUGUGCAAAAACUGCAUUCAUUAUGAAAGCAGACGAGGACUCAUUCAUAGAUAUACCACGCAUGACGGACAUAUUGCUGUCCAUCAAUAUGACCAACCAAAUCUACGGCCACUUCCACUAUGACGACAAAGUGCAGAGAGAUGGAAAGACGAAGGUGUCUAAAGACGCGUACCCCUUACAAAGGUACCCGCCACAUGUGAAAGGGAACAUAUAUGUGAUGCCCACCCCGCUAGCAACACGCAUUAUGCUGCUGUCCCAGUUUUUACCAUACGUCAACAUGGAAGACGCUCACAUCACCGGUACUCUCGCCAAGAUCCUCGACGUCAGACAUUACGACAUCCCCAGAGAUCAAUACAACCCUUACGGUGGCCCGGACGUCUGUGACUUCGCUUUAAGCAGGAAGAUCGCAGCUCAACAAGUAAAUGCAUCGGUUGCAUAUCGGAUAUGGGAUGCUAUUGAGGAUCCGACGUUGUGUUUAACGUAAAGGCAGUGUUGUCAUGGAAGCCAUUUUGUGACAAUAUAUUGCUCAAGAGCAUGGGUUAUGUGUGGACUUCGGAUCCACUGGAAAGGAUCAUGGACCUAGAGUGUGUGAAGGCACAUUGGCAGGGUAUGGUUUCAUCGAGAGCUGGUGUCACUUUUCUGGCGAAAUUAAACCCACAUCUUUUCCCAGAGGACAACAAGUGAUCGGGGAGAUAUUUAUCAUCAGGAAUCUUGAUGCGGAAUCGGUAGUUUAAUUUAAAUUAUAUAUUUACUUAUGCUAAAACACUUUGAUGAACUUUUCACUCUAUAAUGACGAAAAGGCUUGAUAAAACCGAUGCAUGAAAGUGUGCAGAGACGAGUACAGAGAAGUAUUUAUUCUAAAACCACAAAUCUCAGGUUGGCUGCCUCUGCUAUGCGUGAGCCCAGGUUUUUUCGACCUCGAUCGAUAUGCUAGAAUAUUCAAACAGUUCUUCGCUCAAUAUCGUUGUAUCUGAUUCCGUCCAAUGUAGAAAACAUUAAAACCCUUCAACGUGUAAUGUUUGGAGGACGAAUACAGCUUGUGGAAGUUCAAUAGCGGCACAUAAUGACUCAAGCACAAAAGAAUCAUGACGUCACGAUGACUGAUGGGUGUCAAUCUGUAUGACGUCAUCAUGACCGAUAUCACUUUUCAGUAUCAUGAAAAGCAUUAGUGUAUGUGUUGAAUACCGCAAAAAUUGAUCAUAUUUUACAUGCAACUUGUUUUUCAUUGCAUUGAAGUCUUGUCCAUUAAUCUGUACCCGUUUUAUUAAACUGUUCUAUGUUC